CGCUCGCACGCACGGUGCGUGGUGACGUCGAGGCGGCGAGGGCGCCAUCCCGGAAGCGCGAGCAAGGCUGCCAGAUGUGCAGGCCGUGGAGGAGGAGGAAGAGAUGGACCCCCCGGACUCGGCCUCGAGGGUCUUCUGCAGCAGAAUCCUGAGCAUGGUGAACACGGAUGACGUCAAUGCCAUCAUCCUGGCCCAGAAGAACAUGCUGGACCGUUUUGAGAAGACCAAUGAGAUGCUGCUGAAUUUCAACAACCUGUCCAGCGCCCGCCUGCAGCAGAUGAGCGAGCGCUUCCUGCACCACACAAGGACGCUGGUGGAAAUGAAGCGGGACCUGGACAGCAUCUUCCGCAGGAUCAGGACCCUGAAGGGGAAACUGGCCAGGCAGCACCCGGAGGCCUUCAGCCAUAUCCCAGAGGCCUCCCUCCUGGAGGAUGAAGACGAGGACCCCAUCCCGCCCAGUGUCACCACCACCAUUGCCACCUCGGAGCAGAGCACAGGCUCAUGCGACACCAGCCCUGAUACUGUCUCGCCCUCCCUCAGCCCUGGCUUCGAAGACCUGUCCCACAUGCGGCCUGGCUCUCCCACUGUCAACGGCCACAGCCAGACGGAUGACGAGGGGAGGCCAGGAGAGUAGUCCUGCUCCAGGCACCCAGAGGUCUUGGGCAGCAGUAGCCAUCCCCAGGUGUCUGAGGUGGCAGUGGGUAACCCCGCCUCACCAUCUUCACCUUUGCCACCCUGUUCUGUCAUCCAGGGCUCCCUCCUGGGGCUGUGGAAUUCCCGGGGUCUCCAAUUUCCUGCUCCUUCUCCUGGGAACAUAACCUCAUGCCAGGGCACAGCCAUCCCAGCUGGAGUGGUGAGGCUGGGCACAGGGAUGUUUUCAGAGCCAGGCCUCAGGUGUGCUCUGAACAACAGUUAAGAGGUGACCAGAGCCAGAUGCCCCCUAUUCCCUGGCUAGGACCUCCUGGAGGUGGACAAGAUCGUCACAUCAUCCUCUCACCCUGCACCCAUUCAUUCUGGUUUCCCUGCCCCUUCCUCAGACUGAAGUACUGAGUACUUUCUCCAGUUAGUGUCUCCAGGAGGUUUCUGACACAGAGAAGGAAGUUAGAGAUGGAGGCUGGAUGGCCACUCAGCCCUGGGCCUGUGAGGCCUGUGUUUGAACAGAGGUGUGGACCUCAGAGGCCCUGUAGGCAUCUUCUGGGUUUCCUGGAGCAAGCCACGCCACCUUGGAAAACAGAGUUUAGUGGAAUAUUUUUGUACCCGAUGUUUACAGAUGCUGUUGGGAAGUUAUCAAUAAAAAGACUCUGUUGCUAAAAAG